CGCUGGAUGGGAGUCUCGGUUCAGUGGUUAGUCGCAUCUCAAGCGGCCCUCAAAAACCCACCGUGACCUGAUCGAGCUCAGCAAUUCCGACCCCCAAACAAUCCCCAGCCUCUCUCCAGACCCAGGCCAUCCAGGGCGCGGCUGCGACUGUCUGGUCGUAUUUCUCACGGGCAUCUCUGUUCAGGGGGCCUUGUCCUCUUGACGCGGGUAUUGGAUAUUGUCAGCGACGGCGGGUGGAAUCUCAAUUGCGGAUUUUGAUGCACAUAGAUCGCAAUCCUCAUCUGGAAUACUGCCCAGCAACGCUGUUGCUGACCUGUAAAAAUCCGGUUGGAGGUUUGCCUGUCUUCUGGAGGUGAACAUCCAAGCCCGCAACCGCCUCACCCCAGACCGCGGUCAAUGCCGCUGAGGGUUUGCCUGGAGACAGCAUUGGUCCUUGGGACGCUUGGGUCAGACAACAGCAUCUCGUGGUGAGGGACCAGAGUGCUUGUCCUGUUCCCGAACCAGAACCUCGCAGCCCCAACAACCACCCACGCGCUUGUACCCAUACAUUUCAAAUCCUUUCUUUCACCCAUAACCACCUCGAAGCUGGUACCCCAAGCCCAGUCCAAACCGCAGCUUCUCCUGCGCAUUUGACCGCAAAGCAGUUCCCGCGGCAAGAUGGCGUACACCGACGACGCGGUUCUGGCCAAGCUGUCGGCGCUCAAUGAGAGUCACGAUAGCAUCGCCACCGCAGCGCAAUGGAUCAUGUUCCAUCGGCGUCAUGCAGAGCGCACAGUACAGCUGUGGCUCAACAGACUAAAAGAGUCCCCCUCUGGCAAACGGCUGAACCUCGUUUAUCUGGCCAACGAGGUCACCCAGCAAUCCAAAGCGCGGCACCGCGAUGACUUUGUCCAUGCCUUCUCGCCCGUCAUGGCUGACGCCGCGGCAACCGCCUACAAGGGCGCCUCGGCAGACAUCCAAAACAAGCUCAGGCGUGUUGUGGAUGUCUGGAGGGAUCGCAACAUCUUUGAGCCCGCCAUCCAGAGUGCCGUCGAGGCCCGGCUUGACGAGCUUGACAAAGCUAGAGGCGCUUCGAGAGCUGGCACCAUCGGCGGCGUAUCGUCUGCCCUAAGCGGCUCGGGCAGCCCUCUUCCAGCCGAGCUCAACGGGCUUGUCGCACCCCACCAAAGCGUGUCUAAGCAGCUGCUUCCAACAAAAUCCGCCGUCAGCUCUGCCAACCAGGAGUACGAGAAGCUGACCAAUCCGGCGAAUCCCUUGCCGUCCCCGCCGGUCUACGCCGCCCGUCUCAACGGCCUGCUGAGGACUCUGGCCACCGCUGAGGGAGCGGUUGCCGAGUGCGUCAAGGCCCGCAAGGAGCUGAUCGGCGCGCUCGAGAGCAUCCUGACUUCUAACAAAGAGGCUCUCGAUGCUGAUGAGGUGCAGCUGGCUGAGCUGUCGGCGCGCAAGCAGAGCAUUGAUACCAAGAAGAACCAGGUUGAGCUUGCCAUCAUGUCGGGCCUCAGCGCGCACGACGACGGCUCACGCUCAGACAGGGCGGGCCCAGAUGGCGCCGAUGUGGGGCUUGCUAGGCCCAAGAUCGAGGCCCUGACGCCACCUCCCGGCGGCGAGGCGGACGAUGACGUUGACGCCGACGGCGCGCAGUUCGUCCCGCCACCGGUCAAGCCGCCAGAGGAGGCGGCGCCUGCAACCCACGUAUCCCCACGCCAGUCGCCCAUCGUGCCACAGCACACGACACCGUUCCAGCCCUCGUCGGCGCCCGGAAUCGAGAUGCUCUCCAACCUGGCGUCGCAGUACCAGUCCAUACCUACCAACGGGUCUUCCAACAAGAGACGCCGUGUCGAGACGGGCGAAGACUUUCCCGACCUAGGCAACGACGACGGCAUAGACGCAGACGUCAAAGAGAUUCUUCGCAAGGACUCUAUCAGUUCUUGAUUUCUGCAGCCCGUCUGUGUGCCACGUAUUCUUCAUAUUUUCUUCCCCGCCUUCCUUUCUUUGGGCGUGGCAUCUUGUGCUGCCCUCCCUCCCUCUUACGCUUGCAAGCAACAGACUCCUCGGCAAAUUAACAUUUGCCUUUUCGGCCGAGAAAAUCUCAUUCAACGGGUCUUGUCGAGGCGGGAGUUCGUGGCAUUUUAGAUGUAUAUACUCACAUUACUGUGUGUUGCUACGAGGUAAUCAGGGGCCUGUGGUUCGGAAUAUCGAUUGUUGAGAGUACGAGCAAGGGGAAUGUCAGAGAACGAAGUAUGCUAGCAGUCGGCCGCCGUGCCUGGCAGUUUUGUUGACGGGGCGGAGGUGAAUGGCUGAAUGCGUAGCGUUUCCUUCUUUUUUUUCUUUCCUUCUUUUAGCCUGGCUUUGAGCCUUCGUGGAUUUCUUUGCCGCUUAGGCGCUCUAUAGCUAAUGACCGACUGCACUUGCAUCUAUCCAACGUUGGUUUGAUUGUUUUUUUUUUUUUUUUUUUUUUU